AGGGCGAGCACCCGUCCGUAAUAAAUACUUACUUCUCCGGAUCAGCCGCUGCACCGGGGGAGCGUUUUAAAUAUGUCAAGGAAGCUCCAAAGGACAGAAGUCUGCGCCGACUGCAGUGCGCCAGAUCCGGGCUGGACCAGUAUCAACCGAGGGGUUCUGAUCUGUGAUGAGUGUUGCUCGGUCCAUCGCAGCCUUGGUCGUCACAUCUCCAUAGUAAAGCACCUGAGGCACAGUGGAUGGCCUCCCGCACUGCUGCAGAUGGUGCAGACCCUGGCCAGUAAUGGGGCCAACUCCAUAUGGGAGCACAGUCUUCUGGACCCUGCUCAGGUGCAGAGUGGUCGGAGGAAACCCAACCCCCAGGACAAAGUCCAUCCCACCAAGUCAGAGUUCAUCAGGGCUAAGUACCAGAUGCUGGCCUUUGUCCACAAGCUGCCCUGCCGCGAUGAUGAUGGCGUCACCACAAAGGACCUCAGCAAGCAACUGCACUCCAGCGUGCGGACGGGGAGUUUGGAGACGUGUCUCAGGCUGCUGUCCCUCGGGGCUCAGGCCAACUUCUUCCACCCGGAGAAAGGAACGACCCCACUCCAUGUUGCAGCCAAGGCAGGCCAGAUCCUCCAGGCGGAGCUGCUGGUGGUGUACGGGGCAGACCCUGGAGCACCUGAUAUCAACGGACGCACACCCAUGGACUAUGCUCGACAAGCAGGCCAGGUGGAGCUAGCGGAGCGACUAGUGGAGUGUCAAUACGAGCUGACUGACAGGCUCGCCUUCUACCUAUGUGGGCGGCGUCCAGAUCACAAGAACGGACACUAUAUCAUUCCACAGAUGGCAGACAGCCUGGACCUUUCAGAACUGGCCAAAGCUGCCAAGAAGAAGCUCCAGGCGCUGAACAAUCGACUGUUUGAGGAGCUAGCCAUGGAUGUCUAUGAUGAGGUGGAUCGCAGAGAAAAUGAUGCAGUGUGGCUGACUACACAGAACCACAGCACUCUGGUGACGGAGCGCAGCGCAGUGCCAUUCCUACCAGUCAACCCAGAGUACUCUGCCACGCGCAACCAGGGUCGGCAGAAGCUUGCUCGUUUUAAUGCUCGAGAGUUUGCCACACUUAUCAUCGACAUCCUGAGCGACGCCAAGAGGAGACAGCAGGGGAAAGGCCUCAGCAGCCCAACGGAUCCGUCAGACCUGGGCAUCGAUGAUGACCAGCAUGACUAUGACAGUGUAGCUUCUGAUGAAGACACGGACAGUGAGCUGACUACCCAGAACAACAACAACACACAGCGAAACAACCGUGCCAAGAGUAUGGACUCAUCUGACCUGUCAGAUGGCCCAAUUACCCUGCAGGAGUACUUGGAGGUCAAAAAGGCCCUAGCCUCCUCAGAAGCAAAGGUCCAGCAGCUAAUGAAGGUCAACAACAACCUCAGCGAGGAGCUCCGUCGACUCCAGAAAGAGAUCACACGGAUGCAGACGGAGAACAGUGUGCUGCGGGGGGGCCAGCAGGCUGGGGGGGUGGCUGGCCAUGGGGUAGGGGGACCUGGCGGAGGAGGCCAUUGGGCAGGGGGCGGGAUGAGAGGAGGAGUAGCAGGAGGAAGGAUGGGAGGGCUGGGGCCAGGUGGGGAACCCCCAGGGCUCUCUGUGCCCUCCUCCAUGGCCCCCUACUCUCACCCCCACCGGAGGGACCGCCAGGCCUUCUCCAUGUACGAGCCCGGGGCAGCCCCAGGCCCAAAGGCCCACAGCCCCCUAGCCCUGGACUCCCUGGCAGACCGCCUGCAGCCCCUCAACACACCCAGCGUGAGGAAGGGUGGUACUGGGGGCCCAGCGCCCUACGGGGGCCAGCAUCUAUCCAGUUCUGUGGAGAUGGGCAGAUACAUGGUCCCUAAAGCGGAGAAGCACGGCAGUGGCACAGACAGCGACUACGACAACACGCAGACAUAUGAUCUCUCACUAAGUAUGGGCCGCAGCAGCGAGGAGGACAGCCGAGAGUCAGAGGAGGUGGGUAGUGGGGUCGGGGAAUUGGGGGAGCCAGAUCCCACCUUACCCUGCACAGAGGACGUCAUACUGAAGACAGAGCAGGUGACCAAAAAUAUCCAGGAGCUCCUGAGAGCAGCGCAGGAGUUCAAACACGACAGCUUUGUUCCAUGUUCUGAAAAGAUCCACGCCGCUGUCACCGAGAUGGCCUCACUCUUCCCCAAACGUCCGGCUUUAGAUGCGGUUCACUGCUCACUGCGCUUGCUAGCCUCCAGUGCCUCGAGGUUGCAGGUGGAGUGCCGCAAGGCAGCCCCUUCGGAGCCAGGGGCCCCGGCUGUGGACUACCAGCUCCUCACCCAGCAAGUCAUCCAGUGCGCCUAUGACAUUGCCAAGGCCGCCAAGCAGCUGGUCACCAUCACCACCCGCGAGAAAAAACAAUGACUUAGGGAUUGACGGAUGGAUGGAGUGGUGGAUGGAUGAACAGGAAAGAGAUGGGGGAAGGACUGUGGAUCAAUGCAAGAGAUGGGUAGGGACAAGGGCAAGAGGAAGAGAGAAAACCAAUGAUUUUGGUUUUAUUGUUUUUAUGGGGCAAGGAAGAUUGACUGACAGAGAACAACCACGAAGAACGUAGUGAUUGGAGGCUGAGAAAACAGGAUAGUAGGAGGAGAAUGGAUGAGGAGAAUGGAUGCCCGGAUGGCAAGAAUGCGGAGAAAUAGGGAUGGAGAGACCAAAGGGAGUUCCACAACACGUAGUGAUGAUGGGUGGUGGGGUGGGGGUCUCUUAGUGCUUCAAGUCAAGUGAAAGUAGAAAAGGGAUGAGCGAAAGGAUCCACCAUGAGGCGCAGCCGGCAGCGCCCCAAAAAUGAAACUGCAUUGGAAUCAAACAACAGCGAUAUAUUUACCGCUUUAACUGUGACGUGCUUACCUGAGUUACGACGGUGGUUAUGUACAGAGAACUUAGAGCAAGGUAUCACAGAGUAGUUACUGUCCAGCUCUUAUCUAUCCACACCUCUCACUCACCCCAUCCCAUCCUCUCUCCACCCCCCACUCCCCUGGCCUUCAGCAGGGAGGGAACAGGUGCACCGCGAGAGACGGCGGUGGGAGGCGCUUGGAUGGACUGCAUCUUAAACUACGCCGCCACCGCCGCCCCUCCCUCCAUCCGUCCUUAACCAGAGAGGAGUCUUUAAUACCUCUCCUCUCCGCCCCACCUUCCCACCACAGCUCUCUGACACUCGUCCCCGAGUCGGCCUUCAGGAGGGCUUCGACACUUUCUGGUCGGAGUUGAUGGGUCUCCAUGUAACUGCCCCCAACCCCACCCCACCCCCAGGUGGUACACAGCAUGACUCGGCAUGUUUUCCCUUUUUACUUUCCUUUCUCUCUUUUAUUGCGUUCAUUUUGA